AGCACUUUGGUUGGCAUAUGUGAGGUUUGGUGAUGUGCUUCAGGUGAAUGAAGAGCCUGUUAUGGGGUCUGAUGAUAUGUAACCGGGAGGGUUUUAGAUAGAAAUCAUGCAGCUGAAGCCUAGAAAUGUUUAGAUAUGGAAAUAACUCAUUUAUGAAUCUACAAUAGCUGUUGACUGACCUAAGUGCCCAGCAGUGUGCUAGGUUAAAGAUCACAGUUACAUAAAAUAAGAGCCCUUGUCAUUAGAUACUAUAAGUAAUUAUCAUACUGUGCAUAAUAUAAGAAUAUCUUUAGAAAUCUCCUGGUCUAAUCCUCCUGUUUUACAACCACUAAAAUAAGAUUAGACAGAUUAAACCUUGUCUAAAGUUUUAUAACUAUUUGGGAUUCCAAGACUCCUUUUUUCCUAAUCCUGUGCUCUUUCUAGUAUUAGGCAGCAUUAAAGAGGUCUGGAUAGCAAAGAUCCCAAGAUCUGGGAGAAGGGUUCAAAGAUUGGGACUUAGGUAUGAGGGAAGGUUAUGUUACCUUAUAUAAGAGUUACUCUUAGAAGAUUGGAGCCAGAGUUUCUUCUUGGGGGCUUGAAGAAGUAAGUGUCCAUGUCAGAGAAACCCUUGUGGCAAGGAACUGUAGGCAGCUGCUAGCAACUGUAGGUACCCUGUAGGACCUGAGGGUGGCUUCCAUCUGGAGAGCUAGCAAAAAGCUGAGCCCCUCAGUCUUACACAGCAAGGUUAGGAAUUCUGCCCACAAUCUGAAGGAACAUGCAAGAGGAUUCUUUCCAACUUUAGCCCCCAGAUGAGAAUGCAGCCUAGCCUAGCUGAUACCAUGAAUGAAGCCUGUGAAAACUCAAGCAAAUGACUCAGCUGAGCCCUAUCCAGACUUCUGAUCCAUGGAAACUUUCUCUAUCAAGAUCAGUGCACAUCAUUGAAAAGAAAAUUUUGAAGACAUGUUUUGCUGAAAAGAAAACUGAGAAACAUCUUACGAAUGGGAUGAACACGCACCAGUUAAUUGACUACCUACUGCAAUUUGAAUGUUAACAUUACCUGCCUGGUACAGUUACCUAGUGAUGUACCUAUUCUCACAAUACCCUACUUCAGUGUGCUUGUCUUGAUUAAAGAAUUCAAAGUGGAGUACCGCAAACUUGAUAUGGAUAAUAAAAAGAAAGACAAGGACAAAUCAGAUGAUAGAAUGGCACGACCUAGUGGUCGGUCGGGACAUAACACUCGAGGACCUGGGUCUUCCUCCUCUGGAGUUUUAAUGGUUGGACCUAACUUUAGAGUUGGAAAAAAAAUUGGAUGUGGCAAUUUUGGAGAAUUACGAUUAGGGAAAAAUUUAUAUACAAAUGAAUAUGUGGCAAUUAAACUGGAACCCAUGAAAUCCAGAGCACCACAGCUACAUUUGGAAUAUAGAUUUUACAAGCAGUUAGGAUCUGGAGAUGGUAUACCUCAAGUUUACUAUUUUGGCCCUUGUGGUAAAUACAACGCUAUGGUGCUGGAACUGCUGGGACCUAGUUUGGAAGAUUUGUUUGAUUUGUGUGAUAGAACAUUUUCUCUUAAAACAGUUCUCAUGAUAGCUAUCCAACUGAUUUCUCGUAUGGAAUAUGUUCAUUCAAAGAACUUGAUAUACAGAGAUGUAAAACCUGAGAACUUCUUAAUAGGACGACCAGGAAAUAAAACCCAGCAAGUUAUUCAUAUUAUAGAUUUUGGUUUGGCGAAGGAAUAUAUUGAUCCAGAGACAAAGAAACACAUACCAUACAGAGAGCACAAAAGCCUUACAGGAACAGCUAGAUAUAUGAGCAUAAAUACACAUUUAGGAAAAGAACAAAGUAGAAGAGAUGACUUAGAAGCUUUAGGUCAUAUGUUCAUGUAUUUUCUUAGAGGCAGUCUUCCUUGGCAAGGUUUAAAGGCUGACACAUUAAAAGAGAGGUAUCAGAAAAUUGGAGAUACAAAACGAGCCACACCCAUAGAAGUGUUAUGUGAAAAUUUUCCAGAAGAAAUGGCAACAUAUCUUCGUUAUGUAAGAAGGCUAGAUUUUUUUGAAAAACCAGACUAUGACUACCUAAGAAAGCUUUUUACUGACUUGUUUGAUCGAAAGGGAUAUCUGUUUGAUUAUGAAUAUGACUGGAUGGGUAAACAGUUGCCUACUCCAGUGGGGGCAGUUCAGCAAGAUCCUGCUCUAUCAUCAAACAGAGAAGCACAUCAACACAGAGAUAAGAUGCAACAAUCCAAAAAUCAGUCGGCAGACCACAGGGCAGCUUGGGACUCCCAGCAGGCAAAUCCCCACCAUUUGAGAGCUCACCUUGCAGCAGACAGACAUGGUGGCUCGGUACAGGUUGUAAGUUCUACAAAUGGAGAGUUAAACACAGAUGACCCUACUGCAGGACGUUCAAAUGCACCCAUCACAGCCCCUACGGAAGUAGAAGUGAUGGAUGAAACCAACUGCCAGAAAGUGUUGAACAUGUGGUGCUGCUGUUUUUUCAAACGAAGAAAAAGGAAAACCAUACAGCGCCACAAGUGACUCUGGAGACAGGCAGAUCAUGGGGAGUUACUUGCGUGUUCAUCUUCUGUCUUGUGAUGAAAAUCAUCUCUGUAGUGACCACAUAUGUUUUCAAGGACUCACUCUUAGAAACAAAAAUGUCAUACUUUCAUACUUCAUUGUGUGGUUGUCUUACAUUCACAUUUUUUUUUCUAAUUUAACUAUUAUGGAAGCUUUAACGUUUUGUCAAAACAUGAGUGCUUUGCCCAUCAGUGAAUGGAAUGGACCAAUGAGGUAGGACUGGUCAAAAUAGUCCUAGAGAACAUUUUCAGAAGCUCUCCUCCUGCCACGGAAAGCAGUACAGUAUCUUAAAUGUCAACCAGUUAAUAUACCUGAUCUGGUCUUUUAUAACUCCUGUAAGAGCAUAAUCAAACAGGAAUUUUCUCCCCAGUGGUAACACAACAAAGGAAACAGAGUUGCCCAAAUAUUUGAAGAAGGUAAUUCUUGAGAAGUUCAUUUUUGGUGUGACAUCUGCAUUGAUACCAGUGUUACUGAUGGUACUGCUAUUUGUGAGUCAUACUAAAAUUCUCUCUGAAAUCAUGGUACAGUCACUGCCCAGAGGUACUGAGGAAAAAGCUCUAUGUGUUUGGCAGAUGGUAGUGGUAAAAUGAAUAACAAGUAAUGUGGUAAUUAUGAGUUCUGCUUUUUUAAAAUUUUUAAAAUUAUUUAUUGCUUUGAGAGAGAGAGAGAAAGAAACAUUGACUUGUUCCACUUAUUUGUGCAUUCAUUGGUUGAUUCUUGUUUGUGCCCUGACCGGGGAUCGAACCUGCAACCUUGGCAUAUCGUGACAAUGCUCUAACCAGCUGAGCUACCCGGCCAGGGUUAAGCUCAGCUUUCGUGGCACCACUAUGUGAAGUACAGUGUUGCUGAAGUGGCAAAAGCACUUAUUUAAAAAAAAUGCAACAUUUGUAUAAUGUAACUUUAUGCUUCCAGAUAAUGUGUGUUAGACAGCAAGAGAUGAAUACUUUGAGAAAUGAGAAAUGUGGGAGUUUUUUUUUUAAAAAAAAUACACUAAGGAGAAGAAAUAAAUGUGAAUCUUAUUGCAAUGUAUAAGAUUGAAGUCAAAGGGGAUCCCAUUGAAACCCACUGCUGAAUGAUUACAUUCUUCCUUGAGCAGAAAACUUUGGAUGUGCCACUCGAUGGUGUCUGUUUGUUAAUUAUUUGCUUUUUGAUAAAAAAGAUCCCCAGCAAUAAAAACUGGGUCACUUUAUUGCCCUCUGUGCACAUUAGUCUCUUGUAUUCCACUUUGCUGGCUCUCUGGAGUUUUCCGACGUUUUAAUCUAAUUUUGAUGAUUGAAAACUAGUUUGGAGAGGAUGGGUCAGGUGCUUUGCCUCCAUAGUCUGUUAAAGUGCCUGCAUAUGAACAAAAGUUACGGUUCUGUAAAAAAGGAAACCCAUUCCAUUUUUCAAGUAUGCUUUGUUUUAAGCCAUAAAGGCAGGUAUUCUUUUGUCACAUCUUUCCAGCCAGGAUUUUCAAGAAGAGUUAAAACAAAAAGACUGGCUAGGAAGAAUUACGUUGUUCAAAUCUCAUACUCAUUUUUUGUUUAUCAAAUUGUUACUUCCUCCUUCCUUGCAGCCCCUUCUUCGUCUUUAAGUUCGAGCCUCCAGGCACGCUUAUUUAUUUUUAUUGUCUCAAGGUAACAUUUAAAAUGUGUAAUUAAAGUAAAUAAAUCUACAUUUUUGACUUCAUUAUUGCAUUUACAGGGAUUUAAUUGUACUUUGUAAUUUAUUUUUCUCAUUAGCCAAAAGUUCAAUGCAUUGUUUUUGAUGAAUUAGGCACCCAUACGAAUACUGCAAAUCUGGAUGUUGUUUAUUGUUGCUCUGAAUCCUAUGAAGAUCUUUUUAAGUUGUUGAUUUUAAAGACCUACACUCAGCCUAGGAAAUAUUUGCUGUAUAAUUUGGUCAUCAGUUUCCAUCCUAUCUAUUUGUAUACUGUCAUGUUGUCUUAAACUGCAGGAGUCACAUAUUAAGUUGUUAUUGUUGUUUGCUUUGAGCAAGGUAGAUGGAUGUUUUGGCCAUUAUAAUGUGAAACCACUUCUUUCUUUACAGUAUUUGACCAAAUAUGUGUGUCUCUGAUAUUUGUAAAUACAUGCGAUAUCUGUAUUUCUUAUCAUAAGCCUAUUUAGUUUUAUUCUUAGUAGGGUUUUUGGACUGUACAGUGUUUAUAUGAUCUGAACUCCUUAUACAUAAGAAGGUGUGUAUAUUAAUCCAAUUAUGGACUUAAAAUAUUUUAAAGUAUAAAUACCCUUAUUUGCUGCAAAGACCAGUGUGUACACAUUUGCUUUUUAGCAAUAUUUUUAAUUGCUCCAUUUUAAUGCCAAGGAAUAAAUCUUUUGGCAACACAGACUGGUCAGUAAUAGGUAAUGCAGGUAUGUUCAGGUUAAGCCAAUAACGUUUUGCAUUUUUAUGCUUCUUUUCUGUCAACACUAAUGAGUCAACAUUGCCUGAAUGUCUGAAUAAUGAAACACAUCCCUGUUUAAAAGUAUGUAACUGAAAACGAAAUAAAAAAUAAAGGUAGUUUUUUUAAACUU